ACGCUUGCCGAUGGCGACGGAACGCUUGCGGAUCGUUUGGAUUAAUUUCGGAUGGGUUAUUUUUUAAAAGAAAGCGGAGUUGGUUUGUUUUUUUCUCCCCCUGCGUUGCUGCGUUUGGAAACGAGCGUUUUCCCACGGCUAGGAAGAGCGGGCUGGACCUGGCGCUGGAGCCUGGCUCAGUAAAAUACCUUGGGCGCAGGACUUCAGCCCCACUCCGGCCAUCCUCCUGCUUGUCCCUUAACAUUUUAAGAAUUUAAAGAUGUUGAGAAGUACGGACAAAAGCCAAGGAGAGGAGGCUUCCGUCCACAGCCAUGCAUCGAGUCACUCAGCGUCUGAAGAGGGCUCGGCUUCCGACACGGGCAGCCAGUCAGACAGUGAGCAAGGCAGUGAUCAUGGGAGUGAAUCCAACAGCAGCUCCGAAUCUUCAGGAAGUCAAUCUGAAUCAGAGAGCGGGUCCACAGCAUCCAAGUCUCGGCGCACCCCUCCGGAAGCUAAGGAGAAACCAGCAUCCAAGAAAGAAAGGAUAGCUGACGUCAAAAAGAUGUGGGAAGAAUACCCCGAUGUUUACGGGGUGAGACGAUCCAAUCGUAGCAGACAGGAGCCUUCGCGUUUUACUAUAAACGACGAGGGUCAUAGCGAGUCGGAAAGUGAGAGUCCCAAAAGAAGAGGGUCAAGGCAAGGGAAAAAAAUAGGUAAAUGGAGAAGGGAGGGAUCUGGGGAUGAUGAUGAUGAAGAUGAUGCUGAAGAUCAAGGCUCCAGUGGAGAGAGCGAACAAGAAGUGAAGAGAGUGAAAUCCAGGAGGCUUUGUUCAAGAAGAGCAGCGAGCAAAUCCCUCCCAAAAAGGAGCAGCAGACCCCAGCGUGCAAACAGGCGGAGGAAAACCGAAUCCUCAGAGGAAGAUGAUGAUGAUGAAGAAGACGAGGCCCCCAAAAGACAAACUAAGCGCCGAGCAGCCAAAAAUGUCAGUUACAAGGAAGACGAUGACUUUGAGACCGAUUCCGAUGACUUGAUUGAGAUGACAGGAGAAGGAGCAGAGGAGCAGCAGAGUAACAGCGAAACCAUUGAGAAAGUGCUGGAGAAGAGAAUAGGCAAGAAAGGAGCCAUUGGGGCCUCCACCACGGUCUACUCAACAGAAGCCAACGGUGAUCCCUGUGCCGAUUUUGACCCAGAAAAGGAGGAAGGGGAGGUGCAGUACUUAAUUAAAUGGAAAGGUUGGUCGUAUAUCCACAGCACGUGGGAAAGUGAGGACUCCUUGCAGCAGCAGAAAGUGAAAGGUCUCAAGAAGCUGGAGAACUUCAAGAAGAAAGAAGAAGAAAUCAACAGUUGGUUGGAAAAAGUCACUCCGGAAGACAUUGAGUAUUACAACUGCCAACAGGAGCUGGCGGCUGAAUUGAACAAGCAGUACCAGAUUGUGGAAAGAGUGAUUGCGGUGAAAACAAACAAAUCGCCAACUCCUGGAACUGAAUUCCUAGCUCACAACCGCAAGUCCUGCUCCAAUGAGCCAGAAUACCUUUGCAAGUGGAUGGGGCUUCCCUACGCAGAGUGUAGCUGGGAAGACGAAGCUCUGAUCAGCAAAAAAUUCCAGUACUGUAUCGAUAGCUUCAACAGUAGGAACAACUCCAAAGCCAUGCCGACUCGGGACUGCAAGGUGCUGAAGCAAAGACCUCGCUUUGUGGCCUUGAAGAAGCAACCCUCCUACAUUGGUGGGGACAAUCUGGAGCUCCGGGACUAUCAGCUGGAAGGCCUGAAUUGGUUGGCUCACUCCUGGUGCAAGAACAACAGUGUCAUCUUGGCAGACGAGAUGGGCUUGGGCAAGACCAUCCAGACCAUUUCUUUCCUCUGCUGCCUCUUCUAUCAGCACCAGCUCUAUGGUCCUUUCAUGAUUGUGGUGCCCUUGUCAACCCUAACCUCAUGGCAGAGGGAAUUUGAAAUCUGGGCCCCGGAGAUCAACGUGGUUGUCUACAUUGGAGAUCAGAUGAGCAGGAACGCUAUCCGUGAGUAUGAGUGGAUCCACUCUCAGACCAAACGGCUGAAGUUCAACGUGCUGAUCACAACGUACGAGAUACUCCUGAAAGACAAGACCGUUCUGGGAAGCAUCAACUGGGCCUUCCUAGGGGUGGAUGAAGCCCAUCGCUUGAAGAACGAUGAUUCUUUGCUCUACAAGACACUGAUUGACUUCAAGUCUAACCAGCGCCUGCUCAUCACCGGGACACCCCUUCAGAAUUCCCUAAGAGAGCUGUGGUCUCUGCUGCAUUUUAUCAUGCCAGAGAAGUUUCCCUUCCUCUCUUCUCUCCCUNACCAUGGCAAAGGACGCGAGAACGGGUACCAGGGCCUGCAUAAAGUCCUGGAGCCGUUUCUCCUGCGCAGGGUGAAGAAGGACGUGGAGAAAUCCCUCCCCGCCAAAGUGGAGCAGAUCCUGCGGGUGGAGAUGUCUGCCCUCCAGAAGCAGUAUUACAAAUGGAUUUUAACAAGGAAUUACAAAGCCCUGUCCAAGGGAACACGUGGCAGUACGUCCGGCUUCCUGAACAUCGUGAUGGAGCUGAAGAAAUGUUGCAAUCACUGUUACCUGAUCAAACCUCCGGAAGAGAACGAGAGAGAAAACAACCAGGAGAGGCUGCAGUCUUUAAUCAGGAGCAGUGGAAAACUCAUUCUUCUGGACAAACUGCUCAGCAGGCUGCGAGAGAGGGGCAACCGAGUCCUCAUUUUCUCCCAGAUGGUGAGAAUGUUGGACAUCUUGGCGGAGUAUCUGACCAUCAAGCACUACCCUUUCCAGCGCCUGGACGGGUCCAUCAAAGGAGAAAUCCGGAAACAGGCUCUGGAUCAUUUCAACGCUGAAGGCUCAGAGGACUUCAUCUUUCUACUCUCCACGCGAGCCGGCGGCCUGGGGAUCAACUUGGCAUCGGCUGACACGGUGGUGAUCUUUGAUUCGGAUUGGAACCCCCAGAAUGACCUGCAGGCCCAGGCUCGGGCUCACCGGAUUGGGCAAAAGAAACAAGUAAAUAUCUAUCGCUUGGUUACAAAGGGAACAGUGGAAGAAGAGAUUAUAGAAAGAGCGAAAAAGAAGAUGGUGCUGGACCAUCUCGUGAUACAACGGAUGGAUACCACCGGACGGACGGUUUUGGACAAUAGCUCUGACAGAUCCAAUACAAACCCAUUCAACAAGGAGGAACUGACCGCCAUCUUGAAGUUUGGAGCCGAAGACCUUUUUAAAGAAGCAGAAGGGGAAGAAUCUGAACCACAGGAAAUGGACAUUGAGGAAAUCUUACGCCUGGCUGAGACACGAGAGAACGAACCGUCCACAAGUGCAACCGACGAACUGCUUUCCCAGUUUAAGGUAGCAAACUUUGCCACAAUGGAGGAGGAAGAAGCCAAGGUGGAAGAAAAAUCUCAAAAGGAUUGGGAAAACAUCAUUCCUGAGGAACAGAGGAAGAAAGUGGAAGAAGAGGAGCGACAGAAGGAAAUAGACGAGAUAUACAUGCUGCCCAGAAUUCGCAGCUCAGCCAAAAAGGCUCAACCCAAUGACAGUGAUUCGGAUGUUGACCUAAAGAGAAAACUACAGAGAUCGUCUGGCUCGGAGACCGAGACAGAGGAAUCAGAUGAUGACAAAAGGCCCAAACGCAGAGGGAGACCUCGCAGCGCUCAGAAGGACACGGUGGAAGGAUUUACAGACACCGAAAUCAGAAGAUUUAUCAAGGCUUACAAGAAGUUUGGUGUUCCUUUGGAGCGACUGGAAUGCAUCGCUCGGGAUGCCGAACUAGUAGACAAAUCUGUAGCUGACCUGAAACGUUUGGGGGAACUUCUCCAUAACAAUUGUGCAUCAGCCAUGCAGGAAUAUGAGGAGCAUCUGAAGGAGAACCCAACUGAAAGCAAAGGACCAGGGAAAAGGAAGGGACCCACAAUUAAGAUUUCUGGAGUCCAGGUGAAUGUCAAAGCCAUCAUUCAGCACGAGCAGGAGUUUGUGAUGCUCCAUCAGAUCAUUCCAUCUGACCCAGUGGAGAGGGCAAAGUUCCAUCUGAACUGCCGUGUCAAAUCUGCCCAUUUCGAUACAGACUGGGGAGUGGAAGAGGACUCUUGCUUGCUGCGGGGAAUUUACGAGCACGGAUGUGGGAACUGGGAGCUCAUCAAAUCAGACCCAGAAUUGAACCUGACCGACAAGAUUUUACCAGUUGAGACCGAUAAAAAGCCACAGGGGAAGCAGCUCCAGACACGAGUAGAUUAUCUGCUGAAACUUAUCAAAAGAGACCAGAAAAGGAAGGAAAGUGUGACAAACACAGAGGAGGCCGAAGCCAAAGUGGUGAAGCCCCGAAUCCGGAAGGAAAACAAGCCCCCCAAAAUCAAGGAGGAGCCAGGAAGCGAUAUCUCUUCUGCACAGCCUGCAGACAACCUGUCAGUAGAAGGACAGAAGAAGGAGGACGGGGUGAAUAAGAAUACCCUGAAAAAGAAGUUGAAGAAAGAGAACAAGGAUAAGCAGCCAGCCAAAAGCCAAGAAAAGGAAGGGGAAAAGGAAAGGAAGAAAGAAAAGGAUAAAAAGCAACAGGAUAAAAAAGAACAGCCCAAAGGCAACGAGGCCAAAUCUGGCCACAAAGGCAAGAAGACGCUGGCUCAGGGUCCCGUCCACAUCACGGCAGGAAACGAGCCUGUCCCCAUUGAUGAAGAGGAAGAGGAUGACUUGGACCAUGCAACCUUCACCAUUUGCAAAGAGCAGAUGAGGCCAGUCAAGAAGGCCCUGAAGCAGUUGGAUAAGCCAGAAAAAGGACUUACAGAACACGAGCAGCUGGAGCAAACUCGGAGUUGCCUGCUCAAGAUAGGAGACCACAUUGCUGAAUGUUUGAAACCCCACAUCGAACAGGAAGUUCUCAAUGUAUGGAGAAGGAAUCUCUGGGUGUUUGUAUCCAAGUUUACUGAAUUUAAUGCCAAAAAAUUGCAUAAGAUAUACAAGAUGGCUAGUAAAAAACGAGCCCGGGAACUGGCGGAACAGAAGAAGAAGGAAGAGGCAACGAGCGGCAAGCGGCCCCUUCGUCCAGAUGCUCCUGGGCCCAGUCGAGAUGCUCAGAUGACUCCUGUCCCCCAUAGUCCUCAUGCUCAGAGGCUGCAGCAGCCACCUCCUCACCCUCCCCAGAUGCAUGGACAUCCACGGGAGAACUACAAGCAGUCAAGUAGAAGGCAUUUCUGCAACACAGAACGGAGCGAGUGGCAGAGGGACCGCAAAUUUAAUUACAGUGGCAACGCCGUUCAAAGUUGGAGCAGAAACCGUUACUACCCAUAUGAGCAGCCCUGGUACAAGGAGCGCCACUAUGCGGAUCGCCAGGUGCGCGCAGAACAGUAUCGGAGCUCAGCAAACUACCGGCCAAGCAACGUCUCUCGUAAACGCCCGUAUGAGCAGUACAACAGUGAACGAGAUUACCGGGAGCAGCGUGAAUACAGAUACUACCAUGAUGCCAAGAGACGAAGAAUCGAUGAAUUCCGGUCCCAGAAUUACCAACAAGAUUUCCGCAGGAUGUCUGACCAUAGACCCCCCUUGGGUUAUCAUGGGCAAGGGCCUUCAGACCAUUACAGGCCUUUCCACCCAGAUAAAUCUGCUGAUUACAAGCAACUCCUUCCCCCUACGCACUCCCAGAUCGCUGAUCCUCGCUCUCCAGCUUCUCAGAAAUCUCCAAUUGGUGUCAAGUCUCCCAUCCAGCACCGAUCACCUCUGGAUAGGCCCUUAGAGCAGAAGAACAAUCCAGAGUAUAACUGGAGUGGCUGGAAAACCUAGAGGCCCAGAAGCAGAGGCCAACGGAAAGUGCUAGUCCGGCCCACGGAAACAACAGUUACUGGGCCAUCCAUGCUGGAACCAGAAAGCCUGAAUAUCGUGCUGUAGAGCUUUGGGCUGUAAGAAUUGGUGGUGGGUCAGAAGAACAGGACCCACCAAGGGGCCUGAAUUUUAGACCCAAAUUUGCCUCCCGUCAGUACACUGGCUGAACGUUGGGAGUGGUCUUCACUGGCACCAAGGGACCCGUAGAGAACAAGGUCAAGUCUUCCCCCUAGGUUUUGGAAUGAAGAUUUAGUGUUUGUGUCUGCAAUGCCAACUUGAGUUCUGCACAUUUCACAAAAUGGACAGACGGCUGCGUAGGAUACAGAUGGAGACGAAAGCGAACACCCCUUUGGAGUUGAGGUUCAGUUUGCUGCUGGAGGGGAAUGAUAGAGAAGACCUCAAUAACUACAGUAGUUGAAUAAAAAAUUGGCGUUGGGGAGGGCAGGAGCGAGACUGAAUUAGAGAACGGUGAAGCCAACCUUUGGCGAGAAUGCUUGGAAAUCUUGUCGAAGACAAGAGACUUGCAAGUUUGUGGACUUAAGGUUGCCAGAAUGCCAGAAAACGAAACAAAAGAAGAAGGGAUGGUUUGUGAUCUCGUCCUUCCUUUUCUGUUCUCCAUGCUUUUCUUUACCUUAGCAACGUUGGGACUUCGAGCAGUGCUAUAUGGACAAAGAACACUUUUUAAAUGAAGGCAGAACUUUCAUUUCCAUGGUUGUGAAGGAGAGGACAGUAUGUCCACAGCACUGGGGGACUUCAGUAUUCAGAAAUUGACUGUGGAGCUCCUGUUUUUUCCUCUCCUUCUCCUCAUGAUCCAUGGGAACACCAGGGAUGCGGCUUGGAGAAGGGAGCUGAGGGAGGGGUCCAGCUCAGGCAGUAUUCCUUGAACAUCCCAAGAUGGUCAAUUUAGCACUUCUGGUUAGGAAGGUUCAAAAACCCCAAUGGCUGCCAUCCACAGAAAGGAACCAACGAACUAAGCAAGAUGAAGGAAGCCUCUCAUGGAGUGAAGGGAAACAUGGAGUUUUGACCCACAGGGAAUUUUUAUACAACGGUGGCAAAGAUCUGAGUCAUAGUUAUACUUUGAUGAUCUUUCUCAGCA